CCAUCGCGGAAGCUGGUAAGCGGCUGUGUUCGUUCAAAGCUCACCUGUGUCUCCAGGGCAUUUCGCGGCUUCAAGAGGUUGUCAGGACGGGUUAUACUCUGUUCACGCUGCUCACGCUGUUCAGAGUUGAAGAUGCACUGCUCAGACAGCCAACUCAUGUCUCACCGCCGUGAUCCGACAAGCCCCUAAUUGUCAUCAUCUUCACAAAGUCUUCUUUGGACUUCUUGUCUCCUCUUCAACCUGAUUUGCACUUGUGUUGACUACUCGCCUCGAACUCUCCAUCGCGAGUCUCCACGAUGCCACUGUGGGAUCCUUUCGUCCCUGCUGAGCGCGUCAUUCAGAGAGGACUUGCCCACCUGCCCACAUGGAUUAGCCAUUGGCUUGGCUACAGAGGAUCACCCGUUCCUCCGUCUCGAAACUGGGUUAUCUGCCUCUGGGGUUUUAUCGGUGCAUGGGGAGGCGUCGCUUCGAUCCUCGCUGUGUUUGGCCACCUUCAGUACUUCCACAACAUACAUCUGGUCCCCCCGAUUGUUGCCUCGUUUGGAGCCUCUGCAAUCCUAUGUUACGGCGCCAUCGAUGUUCCCCUUGCGCAACCACGCUCUCUGAUCUUUGGCCACUUCUUUAGCGGACUUGUCGGCGUCAUCAUGGCAACCAUCUUCCAGUUCAACUUGCAGGAAGACCCUUACCCACGGCUGCAAUGGCUUGCGGCAAGCCUAGCUACCGCUUUCGCUCUCGUGGUCAUGCAUCUCACCAAGACGACUCACCCUCCAGCCGGCGCAACAGCGUUGAUCCCAUGUGUUGACCCUCACAUCUGGGCCUUGCGAUGGUACUACCUGCCGGUCCUCCUACUUUCUUCCAUGAUUGUGCUAGUGAGCGCCUGUCUGGUCAACAACCUCCAACGACAGUAUCCUAAAUUCUGGGUCGCGCAGAUCCCACCUCCGCCUGCGCCUGCGCCUGCACCGAAGCCUGCGGUAGAAGACAAGGCAACCGAGAGAUCUAGCGAUGGUGACACUCUGGGCGAUCUGGAACGCGGAUCUUCGUAGUGCCACUGUUAGUCUUUUCAAGUGAGCGUUCUGCAUUGUACCUCUGGAGUGAACGGAGGAUGGCAGUUCUUAACAAGGCGAUAAAUGAGUUUUUGCGCGUCUUUUCGUCACGAAAGCAACGAUACCCCAUGUAAAUAAUUCCUCAAUGCGGUCAAUGAUGCCCGUCUUCUUUACAGCCGUGUACGCAUUCGGAGCCAAUGUUUCUUCUGUCUAUUGUUUAAGUAGCCUGGAAUGUCGGUAUAUGUCCCAAGAUAUGUCAACAGAGAUGAACAUCACCCGAACUACCGAGACACUUUAAGUCAGGCGACGAGUAUGCUCAUGGUUGCUCUCAAUUUUCCAUGUGUCAGAAAGCGAGCAUCCAUUUU